CGGGGCGGGGCUUUGGCUGCGUCGGCCGCGUAGCCCGCGUGCGGAGCGGACCCUGCUGCGGCCGUUGGCCGUUGGCGCGGCUUCGGCGGUUGUCUUGGAGAAGCAAGAUGGCGGCGACGGCGGCCGCAGUGGUGGCCGAGGAGGACACGGAGCUGCGGGACCUGCUGGUGCAGACGCUGGAGAACAGCGGGGUCCUGAACCGCAUCAAGGCUGAACUCCGAGCAGCUGUGUUUUUAGCACUAGAGGAGCAAGAAAAAGUAGAGAACAAAACUCCUUUAGUUAAUGAGAGCCUGAAAAAGUUUUUAAAUACCAAAGACGGUCGUUUAGUGGCAAGUCUUGUUGCAGAAUUUCUUCAGUUUUUUAACCUUGACUUUACUUUGGCUGUUUUUCAACCUGAAACUAGCACACUGCAAGGUCUCGAAGGUCGAGAGAAUUUAGCCCGAGAUUUAGGUAUAAUUGAAGCAGAAGGUACUGUGGGUGGACCCUUAUUAUUAGAAGUGAUCAGGCGCUGUCAACAGAAAGAAAAAGGGCCAACCACUGGGGAAGUUGCACUAGAUCUAUCUGAUGUACAUUCUCCACCAAAGUCACCAGAGGGAAAAACAAGUGCACAGACAACACCAAGUAAGAUACCAAGGUAUAAAGGACAAGGUAAGAAGAAGACAAGCGGGCAGAAGGCUGGUGACAAGAAGGCCAGUGAUGAGGCCAGUCAGAGUGAUACAAGUGUCCCCUUGUCAGAACCCAAGAGCAAAAGCAGCCUUCACUUACUGUCCCAUGAAACAAAAAUUGGAUCUUUUCUAAGCAACAGAACUUUAGAUGGCAAAGACAAAGCCGGCCUUUGUCCAGAUGAAGAUGAUAUGGAAGGAGAUUCUUUCUUUGAUGAUCCCAUUCCUAAGCCAGAGAAAACUUACGGUUUGAGGAAUGAACCUAGGAAGCAAGCAGGAAGUCUGGCCUCGCUCUCGGAUGCACCCCCCUUAAAAAGUGGACUCAGCUCCCUGGCGGGAGCCCCUUCUUUAAAAGACUCUGAGAGUAAAAGGGGAAAUACAGUUUUGAAAGAUCUGAAAUUGAUCAGUGAUAAAAUUGGAUCACUUGGAUUAGGAACUGGAGAAGAUGAUGACUAUGUUGAUGAUUUUAAUAGUACCAGCCAUCGCUCAGAGAAAAGUGAGAUAAGUAUUGGUGAAGAGAUAGAAGAAGACCUUUCUGUGGAAAUAGAUGACAUCAAUACCAGUGAUAAGGGCAGGCCUUAUGAAAAGAGGAGAGAACGCAGAGACGGAGGGUUUGUGAAGACGGAGGUAUAGAUUGGAGUGAUGCAUUCACAAGUCAAGGGGCACCAGGAACUGCAGACCCCACCAGAAAUGGGAAGCGAGGCUGGGGACGGUUCCCUGCACAGCCUCCAGAUGGAGCCAACCCUGACAGCACCUCGAUUUCAGACCUCUGGCCCCCGAAGAGUGAGGAAGUAGGUUUCCGUUGUUUUAAACCACCUUGUUUGUGGUACUUUGCUGAGGAAACGGACUCAGGGCUCAGCCUGUAAAGGGUGUUUACAGCAUGGGUCUGAAUGAUGCCCUCCAGAACCUGUGCCAGUGUGUGUUGAUGUUGGGGGGAGGUGGCCAGGCAGAGGAGCUUCGUGAGUCUUCUUACUAACCAGUGAAAAGCAACAAGGAAGAAACAGACGGUGCGUUCCAAAGUAAUUCUGGCCAGUGCUGCCUCUGCAGCUCUCUGAGUAAAAGCUCCGUAAAGACUGAAAAUCAGGGAACCUCACUCCUACCCUUGUGCCCAGUACUGAAGCUCGGUGCCCAGUACUGAAGCUUGGUGCCCAGUACUGAAGCUCGGUGCCCAGUACUGAAAAUCAUCCUUACAAUAUCAGCAUUGGCUUGCAGGGGUGUUACAUAUUUUUAAAUAUCAGCUUUAUUGGGAUAAUUUACAUACAGCAAAAUGCAUCCAUUCUCAGGGUCCACUUCAGUGAGUUUUGACAACUGUGUUCCAGUGUAACUGCAACCCCAAUCAAGAUCUAGAAUCUUCUACUCCCACCAGCUUCCCUGAGCUCCCUUCCUGUCAAUCCCUCCCCGUCUCUCCCUGCUCCAGGCAACUGCUCACCUGUUUUCUGUGACUAAAUAGAAGAGGCUUCCCCUAGGGUUUUGCAUACUUGGAACCCUACGGAAGGCACUGUCUGUGCCUGCGUCUUCGCCCCGGCGAGCUGUUUCCAGAAUCCUCUGGGCGGUGGCCUCGCCUCCUGGGCUGCGCUGCGAUCAGCUGGGGCAGGCUGUGCUUCUCUUACCAACCCUGCUUCGGUGACACCGGGUUGUUUUCCUGACAUUGGCCGUGGUGUGAGUGUUGACCUCACAGAAACGGGCCCGGGCUACCAGCCGGGGCUGCGUUCUCCCAGAGCACUGGAGGAUACACAUCUGCCGGUUACACACUGGCCAUGUCUUUUCACAUUCAGAAUAAUUUCCUGAUCACUCUUCUGCCCAUAUGAGCAAAAGUCCAGUCUCCAUGAUUGCCCUGCCCCGGCCUGCUCAUAGCUCACCCUCCCGUAUCCCCAGGAAUCCCAGGAGCCCGCCUCGAGGGCCGCAUCCUGCUUCCAGGGGCAUCGUGGACAGAGAAAGGAAGCCUGAGGCCCAUCCCUGGCUUGACUGCGUGGGACGCAUUCUCCGCUGCCCUUGCUUCCCUCACACGGAGCCGAGAGCAGGCACGGAGAAGGGGCCAUGCGUGGUGACCCACUAGGGUUAGUUCAGAGCCUUGUGCACACAGACCAGAGGGGGUUUUCAAAGGAAGCUGACACCACCGCGAGCUGAGGGUAGCUGUUCUCACGCAUGCUCAGUGGCGCUCCCUGAGUGCUGAGUGCCACGGUCGGUGAGAGAGGAGCUUCCUGAUGAGCCUCAGACUGUGCUGAAACCAGCCGACUCUGCCCAGGAUCCUGAGUCCCGGUUUCCUGUUGACUCUUCCUUCCCUCACGACUUAUUUCCCCUGGGAACUAUCGAUGUUCUUUUGGCCAGUGGGCUUCCGUUGAGGCCAUCCUAAUCAUCAGAGAGGUUUUAGUCGAGUUAAACCUCAAAAGAGAAGGUGUUUCUUUUUUCCCAGGGGUGCCCUUGGCCCUGAUACAGAUUUAGCCACCUUCCCCCGAAAGCCUCAAAGUUUUGCAAACUCACAGCCAAGCAAAACGCAGCUGCAGUCGAGCCAGCCUCGAAAGGUCUUACAACUUUCUGCAGUGGCCAGCUUGUUCUCUGUUUCCAUGCCUUCCAGAAUGAAGAAGAUCAGUUCUAAGGUUUCUUACUAUUUCUACCAAGAGACGACCAUCGGCAUUCCACGGACUGCUCCUCUAGCUGUGCACAAUGCCUGUUCUUAUCGUUAUCACCCGCUUCGCGCCAGCGGUUCUCAAUACAAAUUCCUUGAGGUUUCACAGUCACAGAUAUGUUGUAUUUGUAGGGAAACAGAAGUGCUUCAGUGGAAUACUAUUGCUCUUUGUACAGAAACCUGACACCUAGUACUUCUGAAUUCUAAUCCUAGUUCCGUUAACAAUUGGCUUUGUAGCAGCCUAGAUAAGUCAAAUUAUUUCUCUGUGUAAAAGAAAAACCUAACCAGUAGCAGGGGCACAGUAGUCUAUGUGCCUUCCCUCUGGGCUUGUGGUUAGUCAGCAAUGGGGGCUUUGUGAACUGCGUAGACCAGCACCCCACAGUCUGUUUCAGUUCCAGUUUAUCCCAUUGUCUCACGUGAUCUUGAGUCAUUUAAUCAUUCUGUGCUUUUUCAGCCUUCAGUGUAACAAAAUAAUUUACUAAGCACCUAGCAACUUGGGGUUUGCUUGAGGUUGUUAUAUCUGAUUAGAUAUAUCUCUAUUAGAUAUUAGAUGUGUCUGUACAUGUAAAGUAUGAUACAUUAUAUCCCCACAAGCCAAACAGGCACACGUAAGGCCAGCUUAUAGCAUUGAGAUUUGGAAGACCCCUUAGAAGGUAGAUCAGUGACCAACAACUGGGCAAGAAAUUCCCUUGACAAUGCAGCUGCUUGAGUAGUUUCAGUUUCAGAGCUCUCCUGUGGCAAGUGAAUUAUUGGAUAGUAGUGACUUAUUCAUGUGUUAGAAAGUUCUUCUUUGGAUGAGCUGGUAUCUACGGAAACUUCCCUUAUUCUACUUUUGUCUCUGCACCUAGCAUAGUUCCUGGUACAGUAUAUAAUGAGCCCUUAGAAAAUAUUAGGGGAACUGAGAACAAGACUGUUUUCUUCCACACAGUAGCUCUGUAAAAUUUGAAGGGAGCUCUCAUGUUGCCCCCUAAUUUUCUCAUUUUGGGACUAAACACCCUCACUUGCUAUAAUUCUUUAUAGAGGGGUGUGGCCCCCGAUGUGUGGCUGUGGAAAGGCAUGGUCCCCAAUGUGUGGCCGUUCAGGUUGCAUUUCUGAAUGCAACUCACAUCACUUCUAAGAUAGGGUGUCCAGGUCUGGAAGAAAUGAUCCAUUUCUCUACUGAUGAGCAUAGCAAUCUGUGGGCCUGUUGCUGUCCACGUCUGGAAUCCCAGCUAAGGUGGAUUGAUGGUGCCGAUGGCCCCCAUGAAUAGGUUCCUGGCACUCCCAUCCUCUGGGAUGUGGUCCACAGCUCCUCCCAUUGCAGGUGGAGGGUCUGCUUCCCCACCCAAGUCUGCCUUGGCCUGAGACUUGCUUUGGCCAGUGGAAUGUGAGAAAAGUGAGGCUGUGCCAGUUCCAGUCUGUGCCACCAGGUCUCUGCUGGAAACCAGCUUCCAUCAUGACAGCAGGCUGGGGCUGGCCUGCAUGAGGGUGACAGAGCACAAGAGACACAAGACUUGUUCCUGCCAAGGCCAUUCUGGACCAGCCUGCACUGGCUGACCGACUGACCAGACAGGGAGUGUGCUGGGCCAGGUCACAGUGGCCCUAGGACCACCCUGGAGAUUUGUGGGCAAUGUUGAAUGGUUAUCACUGUGUGUCACUGAGGUUUUAGGGUUGUUUCUCCGGCAGUGUUGUUUUGGCAAUAGAUAAUUCAUACACCCUACUACCAGCACUGCCCAAGACUGGAUUAUCUGUGACAGGGACUUAUAUCAGACUUGUGACCUAUGACCUUCGUCUGAUCACUUUUAUGUAUACCAAUUUCCCUACCUGUGCCAUCCAACAUGGUAGCCACCAGUCAUGUGUGACUACAGAGUGCUUGAAGCAUGUUAGUCUGAAUUGAGAUGUGCUAUAAAUAUAAACUACACACCUGAUUUUGAAGACUUUCUACAAAAAUCUAAAUGAUCUCACUGAUAAUUUUUAUUGAUUACAUGUUGAAUGUAUUAUAUUUUAGAUAUAUCAAGUUAAAAUAAAAAUAUUUGG